GGGUGCAGCUCCACUAGAGGAGGAAGCCGAGUUUCCGGCUGUUUGCAGCGGAGUGAGAGGAUUGCUGACGCCGCGAAACCCCGAGAAAAAACGCCGCCGGCUCGGGGAGGCUAACAUUUUUUUUAGUAGUGGUCUUUUCUUUCAUACAGGGGGAUUUGGGGGGCUGGUGAUUUUUUUUCUACUGGCCGAGGGAGUCGGACAGCAAAUCAAGCAAAGAAGCGGCACAAGGCGGGGGUGAGCCACCAGCUACCGGCAUGGCCAGGGACUACGAUUACCUCUUCAAGCUGCUCAUCAUCGGUGACAGCGGAGUGGGGAAGAGCAGUCUCCUCCUGCGAUUUGCAGACAACACAUUUUCAGGUAGCUAUAUCACCACAAUCGGCGUGGACUUCAAGAUUCGGACAGUGGAGAUCAACGGGGAGAAGGUGAAGCUGCAGAUCUGGGAUACAGCUGGGCAGGAGCGCUUCCGCACCAUCACCUCCACAUACUACAGAGGAACGCAUGGGGUCAUAGUGGUAUACGACGUCACGAGUGCCGAGUCCUUCGUCAACGUUAAACGUUGGUUACAUGAAAUCAACCAGAAUUGUGACGACGUGUGCCGAAUAUUAGUGGGAAACAAGAACGACGACCCCAACUCCAAGGUGGUCGAGACGACCGACGCGCAGAAGUUUGCCGAGCAGAUGGGAAUCAGCCUGUUUGAGACGAGCGCAAAGGAGAAUAUCAACGUUGAAGAGAUGUUUAACUGCAUCACAGAGCUAGUGCUAAGAGCCAAGAAGGAGGUGCUUGCCAAGCAGCAGCAGCAGCAACAGAACGACGUGGUCAAACUCACCCGGAACAGUAAACGAAAGAAAAAGUGCUGCUAACAAACUCGAGGCCAUCCGCACACAGUGGGCGGCGGCGUCUGUUCUUCACACACGCAUACACACACACACACGAUGGGACUCAGAGCAUCUAAAUUAAAGAGCAGAUAAAGAUUUAAUAAAUAUACGAUGAAAGAUUAAAAAAAUGAAAAAAAAAAAAAUAAUGUCCCCUUUGGACAAACUAAUCAUGAAGACUUUAAAAAAAAAAAUGUACAGAUUUUACUAGACGUCAGAUCAAGUUUUAUUUGGAAUUCAGCAGAUGGGCACAUUGACCUGAGGUCCUCGUUUGUUGAAGGAUCUGCAAGCUGACGACUGACCGCCAUAAUGCUCAGAUUUACGUAACCCCUCCCCCCCCAUAUUCUUCCAUCAGUAUCUCAUCUCCUUCUCAUACCACUGCACACGGAACAUUCAGAGUCCGGGCUGACUCUGUGCCUGAGGAGGACGAGGGCUCACCUUUCCUGGAUCUCUUUCUUUCUAGUUUUAUUUUAUUGGUUGGGUCAGGGGUGGGUGGGUGCUUGUGGCUGUUUACGUUUGGCUGGGAGGUGGUUAUUUGAGCAGGCGUCUGAGUGAGAGGUCUCAUCACCUCUGCAGUUUCAGACGUACCUCACACCAACGGAUCAUGAACUGCUAGAUUUUGUUUUAUUUGACUUGAUGGGGGGGAAAAAAAUACAUGGAUGAUGAUUGGUAGACGACCUUUAGCAACUAAUCCGAUGGACAGAACUGGUGACCUUCUUUGUCUAUAUGUUGCCAAGCUUCCCUUCCACCCUCCAUUAGUGCUGAGCCAACAGUAACUGAUUUUAUUAUUAUUAUUAUUAUAUUUUUUUUAAGAGCAGCAGAGACAUCGAGAAACUCUGACUGCACCGUUCACUUCAGUCUUACUUUGCUGUCAGAGUUUGCUUUUAAACCCCUCUCCUCCACUCUUUGAAAGAAAAAAACAAUAACUGCCAAUAUAAUAGAGAAAAAUAAAUUAGUAGCUCAGCGGCGCCUCGCAGUGGACUGUUGACAGAGUGGCCCCCGGCCGGCACAAGAGGCAGGGUGAGUCAGGGUCUGAUGGGACCCUGCCGAGUCCUCAGGAAGAGCUCCCUCCUUUGUCUCUACUGUAUUUCCACAGCCUCCUUCCCCCGACAUAUCAUCACACCUCUCGGCGACGAACUCACCUCCUGCAUUUGAUCCAUCAAGGAGCACAAGGACGAUCUCACUGCGGAAAGCGCCUCCGUCGUGAUUCGCGGCGGACCGCGGCCCUCGUCUUAGAGCAUGUGACACUUUGUUUGGAGGAGGUGGAUUAUUUCGUCUUGCAGAAUAUUAACAGUUUAUAAAUGGUCAAAGCUUCUUUUUUUUUUUUUCAAAGCUUUUCUCUGUCGCCACCACCCCCGGUUACCUGUUCAAACUGAAGCGUCACCGGGCAGCGUUGCUGGCGCCGGUGGUGACGACAGUGUGGCAGACAGUGUAAGAACAAUGUAAGAACAAAAAGGGGAUGAACUGCAGCACUGGAUCCCUGAGCUCCUCUCCCUCUCUAUGUGCACUGCCAGAGUUUGCCACAGAAGGUGGAAGCAUCACACAGUGUCUGUUAUUGACAUUAUUUUUUUCUUUCUUGUGAAUUGGGAGACUGAUAAAUGAAGAUUUGCGUAAGCUUCCGUCAGGAAGUCGUCAUCCUCUGGGCAGACUCUGGCAGACGGUUUGGGAUCCUGAUACGCAUUGAGAGGUCACCGUGACUCCCCCCAAAGGGCCUAGAAAUGGUAUCAAAUCUCACACUUUAUGGUUUCUUUUCAUUAUGUGUAUGUACAUAUAAAUAUAUUUGUGUGUUUAUAUUCAAUAUAGAACAUACACACAUGAUUAGCACACCAGACCGUGCAUGUGUCAAACAUGCCACCGUGUGUGCUAUGGAUGAAACACACUCGUCAGCUGUGGUUUGCUGUACACUGGAGAAAAAGAUGUACUAUUCAUUUUUCCCUACGUAAAUUUAAUCAGUAAUAAACGUUUUAGAGGAAUAAAUAUUUGACACAUAAUGACUGAUCUGAUUCGUCCGUGAUUUGAGGCCCUGACUUUUUGUUUUAAACCUGUGUCUUUUUAUUUUAUUUUUUUUUUUGGUUUUCUGUGAAUAAAAUGUGUAUGGGA